AACUUGCUUCGCACUUCGAUACUUGCCUUCAGCCUCCCCAACUCUCACACGCAUAUAUAUACAUACAUAUAGAGAACAAUAGAGCUUCAAUCAACUCUGCUACUCAUCAAGAUGUUGAAGAUGGUGUGGCUCUCUCUCCUCUUCUUCCUCUCUUCUCUGCAUUCUCUUACUGGUGCGAGUCAAGAAUCGAUUGAACACCUAACUCUCCAUGACCCAUCUCCAAUGGUCCUUCAAUCACUGUCUCACACAGGUGUUCCUGUCGGUGUUUCUGUGAGCAGUGAUCGACUCAGUGAGAUUUCAAACAGUGUGAUUGUGGCCGAGACAUGGCUCAGAACCCAUGUUUUAGCGCACUACCCAGCCACCAAAAUCACCACCAUUGUUGUCGGACACACCGUCCUCUGCAACGCAAAUCAACAACACCAAAUGGGUUUGAUUCUUCCAUCUGUGAAGAACAUUUAUCACUCUCUCACUAGGUGGGGUUUGGAGAAAGAAAUCAAUGUCUCACCCUCUUUUUCUUCCAACUGUUUGAACCCAUCCUCUGCUACCUACAGAGACGAUUUGGCUGAAAAUUUUAUCAAACCUUUAUUGACAUUUUCGCAAUUCACAAACUCGCCUUAUUUAGUGAACCCACCUCCACAUUUUUCUCCUUCACCAGAGGAGACUCUGAGCUUGGUCUCAUCUCACACUGAGUCCAUGAAAAAUCUUGGGUUUUUCGAUCUAAACAGAAUCAAUGUCCUUAUUACCAGUCAAAAACAAUCAAAACACAUUAACAGGAAGAGAAAGCUCUCAUUCAUGGACUCCAUGGUUGCUGAAUCUAUCCUAGUGAAGCCAAUCCCCUUAGCCCCAGCCCCUGUUCCUGCCUUUGAGGCCAACAGCCCUCUUCCUCCAUUUCUGGGAAAGUCUUCGCCGCCGCCAUUUUCGCUCAAUUUCGCUCCAAAAUUGGCUCCGAUUGUCAGCCCGGGGAGCCCCAAUUUGCCGCCGUGUAACCCAUCGUAUACCGGAGCUCCUACGCCGCCGGGGGUGGGGGGGAAGAGUGAGCUGUGGUGUGUGGCGAAGCCUAGUGUGCCGGCGGAGACAUUGCAGGAAGCAAUGGACUAUGCUUGUGGUGAAGGUGGAGCUGAUUGUGAAGAGAUUAAGCCACCUGGGAAUUGCUAUCAUCCUGAUACCAUUGUGGCUCAUGCUUCUUAUGCUUUCAAUAGUUAUUGGCAGAAGCACAGGAAGAUUGGUGGAACUUGUAGCUUUGGAGGCACUGCAAUGCUCAUCAAUGCUGACCCAAGUUUUAAUCACUGCAGGUUCAUUCUAAGCUGAGUCAAAGAGUAGAAAGGUGAUGAUGAUGGGAGAUUGUUUUAGUAUUGCCUUUUUGGUUCACUGCUGCUAUUAGACUGGAAAUUGAAUAUGUUGGAAGCAGCGAAGUAGGAACAAAUAAAUACUUUUGAGUGCUAAUUCCGUGAACUUUAAUGAAAUUACUAUAUAGAGUUGAAUGGUGUAUAUUUAUAUAUAUUAUCUCUGAUUUUUGUUC